GCGCCAUAUUGAAAUUCGUCAGGUGAACCAAGCGGAGAUUUGCUUGUGGGACGUCCGAAAAGAUCGGCAUUUUCUCGUCUGAUUUUCUCACUUUGAUUGCCGCCUGAUGGACAUAUGGUUGUGGAUGACUUAAGGCUCAAGUCCAACUAAACUCCGAGCAACAACAAGAAAUAUAAUGGCACAGUCCCUCGACGUUUGCAAGAGAGAAUCCGGUAAGAUCUGGCAUCGCAAACCAGCCCCCUCCAGCGAUGAUGGACUGGUGGUGAGCAUCAAGCACACAUUGGGAACUGCCGUGUCUCCACACGUGAGAACUGUCCGCUUCCUACAUGCAGCAUUCGACUCAACCGGGAACAGUUUCAUAGCAGGAGACCAUCAAGGCAACAUCUACUUGUUUGAUGUCGCAAAAAACAGGUUCUCCCUAGUGCACAGGAUUGGGCAGGCAUGCACAGCUCUAGCGUUUGGCCUUCGCAGGAAAACAGAGUUCCUGGCUGCCCUGGCAGACUACACACUCAGAUGUUACGAUACAGAUUCCAGAGAGUUGAUAGCGCAGAUGAAAGGCCACGACGCUGGCGUGCACACCAUUUCUCUCCAUGCCUCCGGGCGUUACGCAAUCUCCUCGUCUAGCGAUACGGCCCAGCUCUGGGAUCUCGACACCUUCCAGAGGAGACGCAAGCUGAAUAUCAAACAGUCGGUUGGAAUUGUGAAGGUGUUCUUCGUACCACUGAGUAACACCAUCCUGACAUGCUUCAAAGACGACUCCAUAUUCGGCUGGGAGAGCGACACUCUGCAGUGCCGGUUCCAGCUGCCCGUCCCUGAAGGCAGGAGUCCUCAGUACAAAGCCUUCGCCUGCCCUCGUGAUGGUAGGCUGCUUGUGGCUGGGGGGAAGUCCAACUUUCUCCAUCUGUGGGCCCUGGACAGCAGACGGCUCCUGAGGAUCGUACAGAUGCCACCCAAGGUGCGGGUUGUGAGACAGCUAGAGUUCCUGCCGGACAACUUUGAUGGAGGAUCUAGUCAGACACUUGGUGUUCUGAGUCAAGAUGGCAUCAUGAGGUUCAUCAACAUCCACUCCUGCAAGCUGCUGUUUGACAUCGGUAGUCAUGACAACCGCAUCACCCAUGCCCUGAUUGGUGCAGACGGCCGGCAUGUUGUGUGUACCAUGGAGGAUGGGUCCAUCAACGUGUACAGUGUGCAGGCACUGACCUCAGAACUCAACAAGCCUCCACCGCCACUUCUGAAGGUGGUGUCCUCUGAAAAGGAGAGAGAAAAGUCUGUAGUGUCCAGAGUGAGUGAUGUGCCCAGCACCCUGAGACCCAGGUCAGGUGCGGGGGGUCAGGGUGUGAGACCUUACAGCAGGACUGCCACACGUGUGCCCAGGAAGGUCAGAGGUCAGCAGCCUCCAGACAGAACACAGGCCUCGGACUCCGGAGUAGAGGUUGACCUGUCAGAUGGCCUACACAGGGGCAGACUGUUGUCCAUACUGAAAGGAUUUGGAGAGUACCCAGCCAAAUACAGAAUGUUCAUCUGGAGGUCGUUACUGAAGCUCCCUGAGAACCAUGCAGCCUACAGCGCCCUGCUGGACAAAGGUGUCCACAGCUCCUAUGUACGGCUCCAUGAACAGUACCCCAUCAAGAGCCAGAAACUGCUCAGGGUGCUACAGAGGACGUUGUCAGCACUUGCCCACUGGUCCCCAAUAUUCGGAGAGACAGACUACCUGGCCCUGCUGGCCUUCCCGUUUGUCAAGCUGUUUCAGAACAAUCAGAUGGUCUGCUUUGAGGUCAUCGCAACAAUCCUGGUAAACUGGUGCCAGCAGUGGUUUGAGUAUUUCCCCAACCCUCCCAUCAAUGUGCUGAACAUGGUGGAGAAUCUACUGGCCUAUCACGACAAACACCUCCUCCAACAUCUCAUCAACUAUAACAUCACUGCACAGACAUAUGCAUGGCCACUGUUGGAAACCCUGUUCUCAGAGGUCUUAACCAAGGACGAGUGGCUGAAGUUGUUUGACAAUGUCUUCUCCAACCACCCGUCCUUCCUGCUCCUGUGUGUGGCUGCCUAUGCCAUCUCAGCACGGGGGCCACUCACAAAGUGCACCGAUGUUGGUGACUUUGAGUACUUCUUCCACCAUCGGAAUGCCAUUGACAUCGGCGCGGUGAUUAGGGAAGCGUACCGGCUCCAGGAGACGACCCCGGAGGACAUCCAUCCCCGCCGGGUGAUGGAGGACUUCCAGCCACUGACCCGGGGGCAGUAUCCCAUCUUCAACAAAUAUCCCACAUUCAUAGUGGACUACCAGGUUAAGGAGAGGGAGAGAAUCAGAGAAGAAGAACUCCAGUACCUGCAGGAAAGACAAGUGACAGAAGAGUUGAAGAGAGAGACGGAGAGAAAGAGACAGCAGGAGGAGGCGUGGUACAGACAGCAGGAGCUACUGGAGGAGGCAGAGGAGACCAGGAGGAGAGUCAUCGCAGACGAGGAGCAGAAACUCACAGCCCAGCGGGUCAGGCUCGCCGCCAUGAGAAGAGAGUUGCGGGUCAAGGAGCUGCAGUUACUCGAUGCCGCUAGGCGGCGCUUCAUGGAGCACCAACAGAGGCAGAAGGAGACUGAGCUGAAACGACUGGAUGAUGAGAUUGAGAGAAAGGUGCGACUAAGGGAGCAGGAGACACAUGCAGCCAUAGAUGAUGUGGAAGUGAAGAAUAUGGAGCUGCAUGCUCAGAGAGGGCUGUUUGAGCAGGAGCUGGCCCGUGACGAGGUGGCGGCAUCGUUCCUGCGCCGUGCCGACAUGGACGCACACAGGAGACAGCAGGACCUGGAGGACAGGAUACAGCAGAGGAUAGGGGUGUUGGAGAGGGAGAGGGAACAGAUCAUCAGGAGGGAGGUAGAGCGUGGCCUGGCUCGUGCUGAGCAGCAGAAUGUGGACACACAGAUGGACCUGAGGGUGGAGCACAGACAGCAGCUGGAUGACUUGGACAGGGAGAUCCGCAUGUUACAGCUUGCAAAGAUGAAUGCAGCCAACAGACAUGUAGAAGAAGAGGUACACCAGCUUAUGAAGGAGCUAGAGAAUAAACAGCUUCAGGAGGAAGCUGCUGGGAGGGCAAAUCUCCAAGAUCAGAGGAGAAUAGGGCUGGAGGGGGAGCAGAGGAGGAUGGACCUACUGAGGGGGGAGCAGGGGGAGGAGCAGCAGCUAACAGAACAGCUCAGACAGGAUGAGUCGUCCUUUGAGAGGUUGCGAGACUUGAGGGACAAGGGAAGGCCAGAUGGUGGUCAGGUGGGAGGGAAUACUACAGAGAACAGGUGUCUGAACAACUCAGGGUCUGGAUCAGAAGCAUCCUCACAGUUUUCCUUGGACCGCGGACGUCAGACGUUUGAGAGAAGAGAGCAGGAGCUGAUGAAGGAGGUGAGAGACAUGAGGAAGAAGCUGGCUGAGAAGACUCGGCAGACACAGCCUCCUCCAGGCUUUCAAGUAGACGAUGAUGAUGAUGAUGAUGAUGACCUCAGUGGGGGAAGCCUCUAGACCAGUCAUGCCAUA